AUGUCUUCCGCAGAUAGUCGAGCUGCGCACCUGAGAAGCCUCCAUAUUCCUGGGAAGCCGAUUGUUUUCACCAACGUCUAUGAUCCAGCGACUGCCGGCAUCAUCGCCUCGAACCCAGCCGCAGCAGCACUCGCUACGGCUAGUUACGCCAUCGCCGCGGUCCAUGGACUCGAUGAUGAUGACCUAGACCUCGAGACCAAUCUAGUGGCCGUCCGGCGUAUUGCGACAGUGGCAGUCAAACAUAACAAGCCCUUAUCAGUCGAUUUACAGGAUGGCUAUGGUUCUAGAUUGGAAGAAGCUAUUGAAGGAAUCAUCACUGCUGGAGCCUCAGGUUGUAACUUAGAAGACAGAGACAAUACCACGGGCAAGCUUUUUCCUCUUGAUGUUGCUGUCAAUCGGGUCCGUCUAGCAUUGGCGACUGCCACGAAGGCCGGAGUCCCCAAUUUCGUUGUAAACGCGCGUACGGAUGCAAUUGCGUUCUAUGACGAUAUUGAAGACGCUAUCACCCGUGGGAAGGCUUACCUUGAUGCCGGCGCAACGACGACGUUUGUCUGGGGUGGUCCCCGCCGCGGUUUGUCUCGGGAUGAAGUUGUCAGAUUGUCGAACGCCUUUGGUGGCAGGCUUAAUGUUAUCGCAGCUGAAAACGGACUAUCGAUCCAAGAGUUGACAGAUAUCGGAGUGGCACGAAUUAGUGUUGGCCCGCGGCUUUGGAGAACAGCAACAGCAGCUUUUAAAGAGGCGGCAGAUGAGAUUCUCAAUCAGGUUCAGGCCAUGCAGUCGACGGCUAAAUAG